UGUAACAACCAAAUUCUUUGUGUAGUUUCUGCUACGUGUUGGUAAAACUAAUGCAUUUUUCUCCAAAAAAAAAAUCUUUUUUUUUUUUGGCAGAACAUGACAAAUCUAUAGAUGUGUAACAUGUGUUACACCUUACAAAGCAUCCAAGAAUUGAGGGAAAUGGGAAAGAGUAGUAAAAGUUUGUAGCUGAAUACAUAUGCAUACAUGCAGUGGUGUUUCUUGAAUUCAUAUCAAUGGCUAAAGCAAGAAUCUUUCUCUUCAUCUUCAUGUUUUUGGUGCACCCCAUUUUCUCAAACCAGUUGGGGAAUUCCCAGUUCCAAACCCUUGUGAGAAUCAAGCAGCUGCUCAACUUCCCAGAGGUGGAAACCAGCAGCUGGAGUGAGGUUGAAGAUGAAGAUGUCUGCAACACUGAGGCAACUCAGAUUCUCUCACUAGCUUGCUAUGAAGGCAACAUCACCCAGCUCCACAUCACUGGUAACUACUGGUUUCCUCACUUGAGCCAAGAUUUCUCAGCUGCUUCACUGUUUUCAAAUAUUGCUCAGCUCCCAAAUUUGAAGGUGCUAUCUUUGGUAUCACUAGGGCUAGAGGGGCCAUUGCCCCCUGAAAUUGGGGGUUUGGUUUCAUUGGAGAUAUUGAAUGUGACCUCAAAUAUGUUUCAUGGCUCAAUCCCUAGAGAAAUGUCAUUUAUUAGGAAUCUGCAGACUCUUAUCUUGGAUCACAAUAGGUUUGAGGGUGAAAUCCCUAAUUGGAUUGGGUCUUUGCCUGCUUUGAGAGUGCUGAGUGUGAAGAACAACUCAUUUAGUGGCUCAUUCCCAAGGGCAUUUUCGUCCAUGGUGAACCUUAGGGCUCUUGUGCUCACUGCAAAUAAUCUCUCUGGUGAAGUUGCAGAGCUUCACAACUUGACAAAUCUCCAAGUUCUUGAUUUGGAAGACAACAAUCUUGGGCCUCAUUUUCCUAGUGUUCCCCCAAAACUGGUUUCUUUAGUGCUUAGGAAGAAUAGGUUUCACUCCACUCUGUCAGCUGAUGAGGUGGGCUCGUGGUAUCGCCUCCAGAAGCUCGAUAUCUCCUCAAACGAGCUCGUGGGGGCGUUCCCCCCGUCCCUGCUCUCGCUCCCGUCCCUCACUUACUUGGACAUUGGUGGGAACAAGCUCAGUGGGAAGCUCUUGCAUAACUUAUCUUGCAAUGGAGGCCUCACAUUUGUGAAUCUGUCUGAGAAUCGCCUCACCGGGGACUUGCCUGAUUGCCUCAACCAGUUUGGGGAGAGGGUUGUGUUGUAUGAUGGGAACUGUCUGUCUCAGACACCCCUGCAUCCACAGAAGCCUGUGUCGUUUUGCCACAGCGAGGCUCUGGCCGUGGGGAUCUCGCCUCUGAGGAAGGAGAAGAGGAGGCCUUAUGGUGCAGCAUCAGCUCUGGCUGUGGCUGUGGUUGGCACUGCAGCACUUGUUGGCCUCACCUUCCUGUUUGUGAAGAGGGAGCUCGCCAAGCGCCACCACAGCGCUGGGACGAGACUGAUUGUCGAUAAGGCCUCGCCUGCACUCACACUCCAGCUCCUCAAGGAUGCAAGGUAUAUCUCUGAGACUAUGAAGAUGGGAGCACUCGGGCUCUCCCCGUAUAGAACAUUCGUCGUGGACGAGCUCAAGGAGGCCACGGACAACUUCAACGCGUUACACCUCAUAGGUGCAGAGGUAUACAAAGGGUGGAUGACAGAUGGGACUGCCAUAGCCAUAAGGAGAGUGAAAGUGAAGAGAAAACACAGCAUCCAAACUUACACACAUCAGCUUGAGGUGAACUCCAAACUCAGGCAUAGCCAUCUGGUUAGUGCCAUAGGCCACUGCUUCGAGUGCCAUCAAGGCGAUUCGAGUGUCAGCCGGAUUCUUCUCGUGUCGGAGUACGUCCCAAAUGGAACUCUCCGGAAGUAUAUAUCAGGGGCAGAGCCGGGGCAGAGGUUCGGGUGGAGGCAGAGGAUAGCAGCCGGGAUUGGACUCGCCCGGGGCAUCCUCUUCCUCCACACCGGGAUAGUCCCCGGCUUGUACGCCAAUCGCCUCAAGAUAACAGACGUGCUGCUCGACCACAGCCUCCGUGUCAAGAUCAAGAAAUUCAAUCUACCUCUCUUGGCAGAGCAGGGCUUGCCUAAAUUUGGAUCAAUGUCCGGUGGCGAGGAGCAACACGACGUCUAUGACUUUGGCGUGAUCCUACUAGAGAUGAUCGUUGGGAGGGCGAUAAACUCUCCCAACGACAUCAACAUUUCCAAGGAUAUUCUGUCAGUGAGCCUAACGGCGGAUCUGAUAGCUCGAAGGAGCAUUGUGGAUCCGGCGGUUCACAAGGAGUGCUCGGAUGAAUCGCUCAAGACUCUGAUGGAGCUGUGCUUGAUAUGCCUGUCGAACGAGCCGCACGAGAGGCCUUCUAUGGAGGGCGUCGUCUGGAACUUGCAGUUCGCGGCUCAGGUCGAGGACACGUGGCGUCGGGACUCCACCAGCAACCAGAGCUCUCCCUGCCAGAGCCAUGCCACGCCAGCUGAAACAUAUGAGUAACUUAUUAUGCAUAUUAACAGGGCUGUAAACAAACCAAGCCGCUUGCAAAUUAUUCGGAGCUCGGCUCGAGAAAAUGCUCGUUCAAGUUCGUUUAGAGAAGUUUGAUAAAUAGAGAAAUCAAACUUGAGCUUGGUGGUAUGCAGCAUGUAUAUAUUUGCAAUUGUCAAUCUGUCUUCAUUUUGAA